UGUGCGGGCGUGACAAUAGUUCGUCCCGAAGUGGCGCUCUCCGGAAGUGCCGAGCCUAUUCGAGUCCUCUGCGUUGCUGCCGUUGGGUCUCGCUGGGGUCAUCUUGCCGCUGAUUUUUCUCCUGUUGCCGCUCAGAAUCCAACCGCCAAUAUGUCGAGCAAAAGAGCAAAGACCAAGACCACAAAGAAGCGCCCCCAGCGGGCAACCUCCAAUGUCUUUGCUAUGUUCGAUCAGUCGCAGAUUCAAGAAUUCAAAGAAGCAUUCAACAUGAUUGAUCAAAACAGAGAUGGCUUCAUUGACAAAGAAGACCUGCAUGAUAUGCUUGCUUCACUUGGAAAGAAUCCGACAGAUGAAUACCUAGAUGCCAUGAUGAAUGAGGCCCCGGGACCAAUAAACUUCACUAUGUUUCUGACAAUGUUCGGAGAGAAACUAAAUGGCACUGAUCCAGAAGAUGUAAUCAGAAAUGCCUUUGCUUGUUUUGAUGAAGAAGCAACAGGUUUCAUUCAAGAAGACUACCUGAGAGAGUUGCUGACGACAAUGGGAGACAGGUUUACAGAUGAAGAAGUAGAUGAGCUGUUCAGAGAGGCGCCAAUCGAUAAAAAGGGCAAUUUCAACUACAUUGAGUUCACACGCAUCCUUAAACAUGGAGCAAAAGACAAAGAUGACUGAAACAGAACUCUUGCCUCUGUGAUUCUCUUUAGAUCUCACUUGCGGUUAUCUGAGGGUUUUUUCCUGGUAGCACCUGUUGCAUGCAUUUAGCUUUUACAGCUUUUGCCUUUGAUGUAUUUAUCUAUACCAGGCCAUUCUGGCACAUCUUGCACCUGUGUAAUCAGGCUGAUAGUGGAGAUUGAGAUUAUUACAGAGACUGGAGGGAAAGAUCAAUGACUCAGAAGGCCCAGGAAAAAAAAUCUCAAUGUUUCUGGUUUAGCUGGAUUUUUACAUUUUGUAAUAAUGCAUUUUGAAAUAAGAUUGCUAUAUCAAUAAAAUACCUCAAAUGCU